AUGUCAACUAAGCCUGUGACGAAGCCAAAAGAGCAUAAAAGCUCAGAGAUCGAUGCCUCUCCCUCGUCCGAGCAUGCGAAGAAUCGAGACUGGAAACCUCCAAGCUAUGGCCGAUCGCAGAGUUGGAACGAGCAGGAUCUGAGGCACCAGAUGCAGCAGAGGUUUACCGGGAUGGAAAAAGGCAGAGAGGCCGGGUUUACUGAGAUGAACGGACACGGUAAAAAGGGAUGA